AUGACUAUCCUAACAACUGAGGUUCAAGUGUAUUGCUGUCGCGUCAUCGAGUUGAGACAGUGUUUUCACCAUCCCCGCAACAUUCCCGCUCACGCUCCAAGAGAGAAAAAAAAGCGACCGAAUCACGCGAAUUCGAACAUGGGCUGGAUAUGGAGCAGCGACAACAGUGCGAACGGGCAAGACCAGCUUGACCCCUCUCUGCGCGACUUCCUCAAGAAAGAAGCCCCCACGGGCCCAAAACCUACAUUACCGUCUGCGCCCAAAGAAAAGCCCGCCGCACCACCGACAUCAACGCAAUCGCAACCGCAGACCCCAGCACAACCAGAGAAACCAUUCGUACCUCCACAAUCUCAAUUCCAAGACGGCAGAUAUGCCGACCUCUGGAAAAACUACACCCCGCAAGACAUCCUCAACAACCGCGGAAAGUCAGAGCAAGACCGAUUACGAGACCUCGUAGACGCCUACAAUGACCGGAAAGCCUCAAUCGGGCGUGUAGCAAUGGAGAACUGCGCGCUAGAGUACAUGGAGCAAUUUGAGUGCUUCAGACAUCCGACAACAUGGUGGUCCAAAGGGACCAUGUGCAUCGCCGAGUCGCGCAAGUUCAACCGCUGCUACGGCAUACAAUCCAAGUUCCUCAAGGCGCUGGGAUACAUGACUAUGGAUGCGCGGACACCAGAGGAAGACGAGCGGAUACAAAUGCACGCAGACAAGCUCUACCAGCAAAUGCUGCAGCAAGAGGCAGAGAUAGAAAAGGCCAAAGCUGAAGGACGGCCCGAGCCCAAGUUCGAAAGUGUCCUGUCCAAACGCAACGUCGCGCAAGCUAUGGGAGGUGUUGCUUCAUCGACUACUGUUCCUGUAGCAGAGACUAGCAAGUCGAGCGUUUCAGACGACAACGACAUUUGGAGUCAGAUCAGGCCAGAGGCGCGGAAAGAGUACGAGAAGAAGCUAGCGAAGAUGUCGCCGGAAGAGCGCGAGAUUGAGAGGAUGGCGGUAGAAGGCGAGAUCAAGGCACAGACCGGCGUCACGAAGCAACUAGAGCAGACAUUCAUCGAGGAACGCGUUGCUCGGAUGAAGAGGAGAGAGGCCGGUCAGGCAACUUUUGGUGAUACGAUUAAGACUUUGUGGGGCUGGGGCUAG